AUGAGUGGCAGUCACAAGCAAGCUGCUCGUCGCAGCGCUGUGGAUGAAGACGAGGAGCCCCAAACCUUUGGUGGCUCUGAUGGGAUUCCCCUCUUUCAGUUGCCACCGACUGAUCCCUCUGAUGCUGAUCUGCUCAAAGAGCUACCCAAGAAGCGCACCUUGGAUUGUUCUCUGCAAGAGAAAAAGGAUCGGCUUGUGAUUCCAAUCGUCAACGAGCGAGAAGACAUUUUGAAGGUGGUCAAGCAGAAAUUUCCUGGACCGAAUCCAACCACAACUUCAGCUAUUUAUGACGCAGUGUUUGCUGCCAUUCCCGAGAGCUUCCCCAAAGCGUCUAAUGGUACAAAAAUGGCCAAAGCUGUGCUCGAGAUGUACAGUGCGCUGAAUGCUUGUAUUGAAGCGUUGGACGAUACUGGUGUCCGUGUACCCCGAGUUUUAUCUCGUCAUUUUGAGGAAUUGAAAUUAGCCAUUGCUUCAGCUACAGCAAAUUUCCAAGCCGAUGCACUCUCCAAAUUCAGCAGUGUCUUUGUUACACUGACGACGCAACAGAAAGAACGGUGCUACAAACAAAAUGGGUUCCUUCCGACUGAUGAAUCCCAUCGCAUUUGUCUUGGCUGCAAACACGGAUAUGUCGAUGAACCAGACUCUAACAAGAUUGUGGCAGAAAAGAACAAGGAAAAUCGGAGAGCCUUCGAAGAGAAGAAAAAGGCGGCACUGGAGGAGGCUAAGCGAAACAAAACUCAACCAAAACGUAUGACCGCCCCAAAGGUGGAGCAUCAUUAUCGACAAUGCCAUUGCUCACAAAUUCGCUGUUUGAGUCCCGAUUCGGAUGUUGGCUCUUCUUGCCCGAUUCGAUGCAUCAACCCCGAGACGAAUCAGAAGUACGGCAAAGAUUCUAGCGGUGUUUGUGCUUGCCCAAUCUGCAAAUGCACCUGCAGCAUUGCCGUCGUGUACAAUGCCUCCCAAACUCUACGCACAGUUGGGAUGUUGCAAGAGAAUGACAUUGGACGACAAGAAGAGAUUGAAGCUGAGAAGGGCCGUUCUCAUUUGUCUUUCCUUCUCGACGAGGCAUGUACUACAUCGAUGCGUGCCACAGCCAACAGCGGUAUCCCGGAAGAGCAGCGACAAAAUAUGGCGACAACUGCAGCAGCCAAAUCUCUAGCUCGCAAUUUCCAUCCUUCCCAUCACCGUGCCUUCAUCAAGAACAUGCGAGAAAAGAUCGGAAAGCCAACAACAACCGCGUCUUUGCCAGCUCCCCUGCUCAUAGGUGGAAAAUUUACCAGUGUUGCUGAUACCCGUGCUAUUUCUGCAGCAGGUAUCAGUACAAAUCUCGGUAGCAAGGAAUCCCAGGAAGAGGAGGAACCAGAAGAGGAUCCAGAUUUCCUACAGGCAAUUCAGAACAGCCUUCAGGGUGAACGAUCGGUGGCUCGGUCCCAACAAUCGGUGGCUCGGUCCCAACAAAUGACACCGCCAACCAGUAACCUUGUGGUUCUGUUGGAUUCUAGUACACCCCGUCCACCUCCAGCAGCAAACAGUGCGGAAAAAUUCAAGACUCGUGUCAAGCGCCGUGCAUUCCAACGGUCUCAGGAAACGGCCGAAGUUUUUGAUUCCGAGAAGGGUGGUUCCCCGGAACUGCAUGCCAAAAGUCCGUACUCUCUCAAAGUGUUCCAAGCAUUGUCAGGUUCUGGAAAUGCUACUGUAACGGAAUACACCGAAAUGUACCAUGAUAUGAAGCCCGAAGCUGACAGCCAAGAGGUGUAUGAAAAUGUGAGCAACAUGAUGCGUACUAUGGAUGGGAAGAAGAAGAAGAAAUACAACUAG